UUUGGUACCAUAUCAGGUCACCCCAAGACCAGAGCUUUCAUCACCCAUGGUGGGACAAACGGGAUUUACGAGGCCAUCUACCACGGUGUUCCCAUGGUGGGUAUCCCCAUGUUCGGCGACCAGCCCGAGAAUAUGAUCCAUAUGAAGGAAAAGGGAGCUGCAAUCAUUGUUGACCUCAAGUCCAUGAAGACUGAGGACCUUAGAGAUGCAAUCAAUGCUGUCAUCAAUGAGAAAAAGUACAAGGAAAAUGCUUUGCGGCUUUCCAGUAUCCACCAUGACAGACCCACGAGUCCUCGGGAUGAGGCAGUAUUCUGGAUCGAGUUCACUAUGAGAAACAAAGGAGCCAAGCACCUGAGGGUCCAGGCCCAUGAGCUCACCUGGUACCAGUAUCACAGCCUGGAUGUCCUGGCCUUCCUCCUUGCCGUUGUCCUCCUCCUCAUACUCCUUUUUAUCAAGACCUGCAGUUUCUGCUUCCAGUGGUGCAGGAUGUUUGUGACACUCCUGCUUUACUUCAAUGGUACCUAAUAAGGUGGCAUAAUAUGCUAACAAGGAACAAGGAUUUUGUUGUUUCACUUGUUUUGUCACAAUAAACCUGAAGUUGCACAGCUAACCUCUGACCAAACACCCUGCAUUUGGACCUUUGUUAAUAGUAACCUUUUUUUUAGUAAUUAGCAAAACUGCUCACAGCUGCACACUAUUUUGCAUGCUUACACCUGAGGCCAAUUUGACAUUAAAAGUUGAAUGUUUAUUGGAUGGUGUGAGUUUGGAGAACAACAAUAAAACAAAGUGAGUACAGAAAUGCUGAAACUAUGUUCAGAUGGGGGAAUCUUGAAUUCUAAUGAAACCACCAUCACAAACACAGCCACUGGAGGCUUUAGCUGAGUUUGGUACUUAACACAAGGGUGAUCUUAAAAACCCUG